AAAACACCUAAAAAAUUUGCCACUCCAAAAAGAAUUUUUGGACAAAAACAGGAAACUUUGGCCUGCACAAAAACAAAAUCAUUCUCUUUUCUUUACUCCUCAGAACUCCAUCAACCCAAAAAAAAAUAAAAAAAAAAUAAAAAAGAAAAAAUCAGAUUUAUGGCCAUGGAAACCUGCCUACAAGUGAGCAGAGCAUGCAAUACAAGAGUUGGUGCCAUUCAAAGUCAUCAUACAUUUUCUUCCAAGGAACAAAAGCUUAUUAAAUUACCAACGUUCAAGGGCUUGAAGAAAUCCACCAUAACACUCUCUUCUUCUCCUCCUCCUACUUCUUUUCCUCUUUCAAACAGCACCGGAGGCCGGAAAUCCCUCUUCGUUUGCAAAGCUCGUGAAGCUGUAAACGAAGUUCAAGUAGUGACAGAUUCAGGCUGGAAGAACCUUGUGCUAGGAAGUGAGAACCCAGUUCUGGUGGAGUUUUGGGCUCCAUGGUGUGGACCAUGUAGAAUGAUAGCACCAAUUGUGGAUGAAUUGGCAAAAGAAUAUGGUGGGAAAAUAUCCUGUUACAAGCUCAAUACUGACGAUUGCCCAAACAUUGCCUCUCAGUAUGGAAUUAGAAGCAUCCCAACUGUGCUCUUCUUCAAGAAUGGGGAGAAGAAAGAGAGUGUUAUUGGAGCAGUUCCCAAAUCCACCUUGUCUGCUGCCAUUGACAAGUAUUUAGAUUCCUGAACAGGGAUUGCUUUAUAUUAAUAUAAUUUUCCGUGUAAUAAACAAAUAUCAUAAGAAACAUGGAAAUGUUCUUUGUUAACAUUUUCCAUAUAUUUCCUUUCUCAUUUUGUAUAUUUUUUGUAUUGGAACCAAAAAAAACAAAAAUACCAUGAAGGAAAUCCUAUAUAAUUUUAUGUUCUAAUGUA